AUGGAGAGAGCAGAGUCAGGGCAGAAAUUAUACACGCGUAUGCGUUUAUGGGAAUUCCCAGAUCAAUAUGUGAUUGAACCAACUGAUGGAUCUUCUGGUUCUGCUUUGGCAGUCAAUAAGGCUGAUGGGUCAAUGUGUUUGAUUGAUGAAGUUCCUGAGUGUAGCUCUAUCAGGGUGCCUAAAAUUAGGACUAUUUUUGGUGUCAUUGGGAUGCUAAAGCUUGUGGCAGGGUCGUACUUAAUAGUUAUCACGGAUCGUGAAUGUGUUGGUUCUUACUUAGGAUAUCCUAUCUAUAAAGCUACAUCAUUGAAGAUUUUACCUUGUGACCAAUCUGUUAAAAAUUCUAAUGCAGAGCAGAGAAAGAUGGAGACGGAAUUCUCUGGGCUACUUAAUGUUGCAGAGAGGACUUCUGGUCUAUAUUUCUCAUAUGACACCAAUUUAACACUGAGGCAGUGCAUGCUUUCUUAUACACUUGAAGUUGUUGAGGAGGCCUUAAGUGGCCCUCUUGGAUGUGCUCAGAGAUUGCAUGAUCUAGGUGACGAGUCUAAAUUACUUCCUCUAUGGAGACAGAACUUUCAAGCAGCCAUUGGCAAAGAAAUUGUUGACGUUACCCUGAUUGCUAGGAGAUGCACUAGGCGAAAUGAGUGGUAUGAUAAAAUCCAAGCUUUCGUUUGUGCUCCAAUUCUAGUAGAAGUGUCCAUCUGUCCCAUUCUUCUUCUUGGCACUCGCAUGUGGAGAAGAGGAGCUGAUUCUGAUGGAUAUGUUGCUAAUUUUGUGGAAACUGAGCAGAUUGUACAGAUGAAUGGAUUCACAUCAUCAUUUGUUCAGGAAAGAGCAGUGGGGCCUGAAAUUUCUGCCGAACUAGGUGCUCGGGGAGGGAAUUCUAUGCACAGCAAGAAUAAUGGUGUUCGGGGUUCAAUUCCAUUUCUUUGGGAGCAGGUUGUUGAUUUGACAUACAAGCCAAAGUUUGAGAUUGUGAGACCUGAGGAGGCUCCUCGAGUGGUGGAGCGGCAUUUUCUGGAUUUGAGAAAAAAAUAUGGUGCUGUAUUUGCAGUUGAUCUUGUCAACAAGCAUGGAGGUGAGGGACGCUUGAGUGAAAAAUUUGCAAAUGCAAUGCAUCGUGUCAUUAGUGAUGAUGUAAGAUAUCUGCACUUUGAUUUUCACAAAAUUUGCGGCCACGUUCACUUUGAGCGCCUUUCAAUCCUUUAUGAUCAAAUUGUUGAUUUCCUUGAGAAAAAUGGGUACCUUUUAUUAAACGAAAAGGGUGAGAAAAUGAAAGAGCAAACUGGGGUUGUGAGGACCAACUGUAUUGAUUGCUUAGAUCGUACAAAUGUUACCCAGGGGAUCCUUAAUGAUGGCAAAAAUGCCCUUGCCCGUUAUUAUUUCAAUAACUUUUGUGAUGGCACAAAACAGGAUGCAAACGAUCUCUUACAAGGACAUUAUAUUGUUUCUGUAAGCCGAGAUAUGGCCCCUCCAGCUCAAACACGAGGCCUUGAGAGUGUAGCUUCCUUCCCGGUGGCUUUGGCAUUGGUCUUGACUGGUUUCUUUUUGGCCCUGAUGUCACUUAGGCAAGUUCGGUAUGACCUGCAGCACUUAUUCUUUUCGAUCAUGUGGGCUGGCCUUAGUGUUGCUAUUGGAGCAUUUGUGAAGGCAAAUGGACGGACUUUCUGCAAUCAGCCUCGUCUUAAUAAGCCUCGAUCUUAA